GCGCUGGUGGUCGGUCGGAUACAAACGACAACCACGCCUGCUCCGCACCUCUCACGAAUGGUAGCAGCUGCUGACAUCGUCCGCCAUCAUGAGCAAGAAAACGCUGCGAGGGACGCGCCUCAAGCGCUCUGAUGUGAGCAUGCCCGAGGGCGCAGUCAUGACCCAGAACGUGGUUGAUGCGGAUAUGCCGCCCAUGCCGGAGCAGCACCUGCUUGACCAGCAGCUGUUGCAGGUGCUUGAGUCCAUGAACAUUCCAAAGGCCAAAGUGCAGGAGAUGCUGCAACAGCCGAACCAGAAGAAGUGGCAGCUCGUCUGGGGACAGUACAAGCACAAGGUGCGACACACGCCCGGCCACUACCUCAACAGCCUCGUUGCGCAUCUUGAAGCGCGUGACAAACAGCGCCGCAAGAAAUCCAAGUCGCUCAAGUUGCCAUCUGGGAUUGAGUCUCCGGCAACGAUAUUGCGCAACAUCGAGAUUGCCCUGCGCACCAAUCCGCUCAGCUGGGUGAAGGAGUUUAUCGGCUAUGAGCCGCCCUACGACGAGAAGGACAAGACGGUCACGCGGCGCAGCGGCGGCCUCAACAUCCUCAUGGAGUACUUUGCAAGCAUGUCCGACAGCACAAGGUGA